AUGCGCUUCGCAAGCCUUGCAGCAGCAGCAACAGCUGUCCUCUUCGCCUUCGUCGAGGCUCAGACUUCUGAACCCGCCUCGACCACCAUCAUUAGCGGUGAUGGUCCUCCCGCCCCCAGCCUCACUCGCACAGCAGCUCUGGGAAGCUGGACUCCGAAAUCGCCCUCCGAUGGCCUUGCGCCCGCGUCCCUGACCGGCAUGGGUCGAACGAUCUACAUCAACAGCGCCAGCGACUUCUGUCUGCUCAUGCCACCCGACCCGACCAAGGAGAACCUCGUAGACGCCGAAGCCAUCGCGGUCGCUUACUGCACCUCACCACAGAAUGGUUCUCGACCCAUGCCGGAUGGCUUCAUCAAGACAGCUCAUUAUCGCAAGACGCCAAACUACAUCCAGAUAUCUGGAACGUAUGACCCUCCGGUGAUGAACUUCGGCACGAACGACUGCGGCGGCGAGUACGACUCGGAAGGCGCGGAAGGCAUUGGCAACCCAGCCGGUGUCACCAUGCGCAACGGAAGCUAUUUCACCCAGUUCAUGGGAGCAUGCGACAUCCCUGGCAGCCCUGUCUUCUGCAUGCGCAUGUGUCCCGAUUACCCAUGGUGCAGGAACACGUUUGACUUGAUGGGCUGCUUGUGGAAUCAGCCAGGUGACUACGACCAGCCGGAAGCAUUCACCAACUGUGAGGCCAACGCGGAUCUGCCCAUCGGUGUUUACAACAGCAGCUACACGUUCAGCCAGGGCAUGAGCGUCACUCCGACACCGGUGACUGCGCCUGCAUCGUCCAACUGCAAGACGGUUGCCUCGCCUACGGCGAGCGGCGUCACGUACAGCUGGAACCAGCGGGCUGCGGUGAGCUCCUCCACGAGUGGGGCCAAGUCUUCCAGUGCUCCUUCAAGUGGACAGUCCGGCAAAGGCAGCGGCAGCAACAGCAAUGCUGCUGAAGCCUUCGGUCCCAUCAACGGACUGGCCUUUGCUGUCACGGCUGCGAUUGGAGUCGUCGUCGGUGGUAUGCUUCUGGUCUAG